ACGGCCAGGGUCGCUUGCCGGCGGGCAGGAGCCCCUGCGCUGCCGGGGCUGCCCCAUCUCUGUGCGGUCGCUCACACACAGACUCUUCCCUGUCAUGACAAUGAAUCCCAACAGCUCGGUGGCUCAUCAACACCUCUGCCCGCCCUUCCCGCACGUCCCGCCGUCCGCAUCCACCGCUCCGCGCUGGGAAGCCCGGGGGGACACCGAGGAGGAGUUCCCUGGUCCAAGACGUCUCUCAGACCACGGGCUGUUUGUCAGAUAACUCUCCACAGCGGGCAGGGAAGAAGGCAGGCGGGGCGAGAGACCUGCAGUCCUCUCCUCCCGCCGGGGCAAGACAGCGGCGCUCCGGGACCGCCCGCGCCACAACAGUCCCGGCCCCGCGGGGAACCGUUGCGGAAUCUGCCCGCCGAGGCGGAAGCGGCGCGGGCCAUGUGGCGGGUCACUGCCCUCGCCCUGUGCCGGGCGAGCUCCCGUGACUGCCAGAGGCGGCUGCGCUGGCCCGGCCUCAGCCCCGCGCCUGGAGCCCCGCGUCGCCGCAGCCCCGCGCUGACCCCCGGGACGGCCGUAGCCCGCGGCCUUUCCGCCAUGGCCCCCUCCGUCCGCCUCUCGCCCGCCGCCCGCAGCCUCUUCGAUGAGCCGCUGGCCAUCGCCGUGCAGGGCCUCGGCCCGCGGCAGCAAGUCACGCUGCGGGCGUCCUUGCGGGACGAGUCGGGCGACCUCUUCCAGGCCUGCGCCCGCUACCAGGCGGAGGACGACGGGGAGCUGGACCUCGGCCGCUGCCCCGCGCUGCCGGGAGGCAGCUUCUCCGGCCUGGAGCCCAUGGGGCUGCUCUGGGCUUUGCAGCCCCAGAAGCCGUUCCGGCGGCUGGUGAAGCGGGACGUGCAGAGCCCCUUCCUCCUGCAGCUGGAGGUGUUUGAGGGCCACGGGGACCCCCCCGGGCGGCUCCUGGCCCAGGCGCAGCAUGAACGGGCGUUCCUGCGGGAUGGGGUGCGGAGAGUCCCGGUGCGAGAGGGGAGGAUCCGGGCGGCACUUUUCCUGCCUCCCGGAAAUGGACCCUUUCCAGGAAUUAUUGACUUGUAUGGAGCCGGAGGAGGACUCCCUGAAUAUAGGGCAUGCCUGCUGGCUAACCAUGGCUUUGCUGUGCUGGCUCUGGCUUUCUACAGAUAUGAAGAUCUCCCCAAAGAGAUGAAGGAAGUACACCUGGAGUAUUUUGAAGAAGCCAUAAACUAUAUGUUACAACACACCGAGGUUAAAGGUCCUGGGAUUGGCUUGCUUGGAAUCUCAAAGGGGGGUGAACUCUGCGUCUCCAUGGCCUCCUUCCUAAAAGGCAUCACAGCCACUGCCCUUAUCAAUUGCUCAGUGGCAAAUAUGGGCGCGGUGCUGCGCUACAAGGACAUCACCAUUCCACCCCUUGGUGUCGAUGCAAAACGCAUCAAGGUCGACAAGUCGGGGAUUGCUGAUAUUGUCGAUGCACUGAACAACCCUUUAGAAGGGCCUGACCGCCAAAGCUUUAUCCCUUUGGAGAAGGCCACGUGUCGCUUCUUGUUCAUUGUUGGCCAGGAUGAUCGCAACUGGAAAAGUGAGUUCUUUGCAGUUGAGGGGAGCAAACGUUUGCAAGCUCACGGGAAGGAAAAGCCUGAGAUAGUCUGUUAUCCUGGAGCAGGGCACUACAUUGAACCCCCCUUUUUCCCAAUGUGUGCAGCCUCAAUGCACUUGCUAGUUGGCAGGCCUGUGAUGUGGGGAGGGGAGCCCAAGGCACACUGUGAGGCACAGAUAGAUGCUUGGCAGCAGAUCCAAAACUUCUUCCGCAAACAUCUAACGGGCAAGCCAUCUGAAACACCCAGUAUGCUGUGAUGUGAGUUAGGUCACCUUACAGAUGAAGAUGCUGGUGUCCUAUAUUUGUUUUAUUACAUGGGUCUGAAUGAGAAUAAAGAACACCAGAGAAUAAGCUAUUGUGUUUCCUAGAGGACGAUAGUGGGCAAAAGCAUAAGAGCUUCCUUUUAACACCCUUCUCUAACCUUGGUUAGGGGUCUUGACCUCCUCUUGUGUAGUAUGGGGUUACAAACUGUGGAAAAAAAAUUGUGGUAAGGCUGUGUCUGCUUUGAAUGUGAAUUCAAGUGGAAGGUAACUCAGCUGAGAUUUGGGAUGAAAAUUUGCUUUUGCUUUCUCAGAGGAAACAUGUUGUAUGCAUUGCUCUUACCACAGCCAGCUUCAUGCUCUAUAUUUUUCUGAAAGAAGCUGUUCUCUCUUCCUGCCUCCAGAAAUCUUUCUAUUCUCCAUAUGCACUUCCUUCUCCUUCAUGGCUCCUUUCUCUUCUCCCACAUCACUGAAAUGCAUGUCUUAACACUUAACACCUAAAUAUUUUACUCGCCAAAAGCAGCAGUACUGUGCCUGCAUUCUCAGGUAACCUAUCUCCCAUCUGAAUGACAACGCAGUCAUUGGUCCCAGCCAGCACAGGUUCAUGAAGCAAAAAUCUUGCCUGACCAACUUAAUUUCAUUCUACGACAAGGUUACCCACCUAGCUGACCAAGGGAAGCCCGUCAACAUGAUCUUUAUGAAUUUCGGUAAAGCCUUUGAUACUAUCUCUCACAGUAUUGUGGCAGAAUGCACCCUGCCCCCGCUCUCCCCCUCCCUCCUUCAGUAUGGAAAGGAGUAGGCACAUCUCCCUCUCCCUCUGCUGUUUGAGGCUAACGGCUUCUUUUGUUUGGCCCCAGAGCAGCCUGGCCAGGGCGGUUAGGAGAAGGGAGUGCCAAGGCGCCAGGGAGCCGCUGGGCGCCCGCGGCGAGUGUGGGGGAUAUUUGGAGGCUUCAGGGGCACCCCACAUCCAGGGUGGGGGUGCAGAGAAGCUUCUGGAAUGCCUGCAGUCAGAUCUGAUCAGGCUAUAAAUAAAAAAUGGGACUCUCGUCGAGACUCCGCCCUUCGUCGCGGAUCUCUUGGAGCCGAGCAAGAUGCUGCUGCCGAGAGCCCCUCCCGGGAUGGAGACUCCGCUUGCCUUGCUGCUACGUGUGACUACCAGGUGGUGCCAUAAAUAACAGGACUACCGGAUGGUGUCAUAAAUAACAGGACUCCCGGAUGGUGCCACAGAUAAUAGGACUCCCAGAUGGUGUUACAGAUAACAAAGCGCUCGGAUGUUGCAACAGAUAACAAAAGUUCCAGAGACGGAAAUUCCCAGCACGUAAACGAACGCACAACGUAUAUAAGCACAUACGAAAGGUUGAUUUGGUGUGCCUGUUGGCGGAACUGGGCUUCCCCCGGUCACCCAGCGCUGUUUUGCCUAAUUACCGCUUGCUAAAUAAAAUCGAUUGAUUGACUCAGAAUCGAUUUAUUGGCUCUUAUUUAUAACAGCAGGAUUGCGAGUGUACACUUUCCGUACUCAAUACUGUGAAAAAUGCAGUUGUGAUUCGUGCUAAGAUGUUUAAUGUUUACAGAUAUAACCAAAUGAGGCACGGGCUCUGAACUUGGAAAAAAGUGGUUAAGUUCUAUGUAAAAAGUUAUGAAACUUGCUUAUGAAGUUAUAUUGACAGAGGGAACUAACAUUUUAAGGGUUAACUAAACUUAUAAUGGGUGCCUGCUAACAAGCUAACACUUUAAGGCUUAGUCACACAAUAAAUGCUUAGUUUAGAGCUUUAUGUUAAGAAGAACAGAACCCCAUCGAAUGCCAAGAUAAGAAGUUUUACUGCACCUAGCUGUAAACUUGAGGAGACAAGAUAACGAAGAUUUACAGCAAAAGGGGGCGCCAGUCUGGUUUCAUUCAACUUGGCAGCUUGGGUCCCAGUCAAUUCAACAUAAUGAGCCAAAGGUAAAAAGUUCACUGUGACGAAGCUGAAGGAGCCUUCAUCCAAAGACCCCCAAAGACCCCUCCUCAAAUUCACCAAGUGGCACUGCGCAGGUGCAACAGGGGAGGGUCUAUGGAAAUGGUUAUCUGAGACUCAUUUUAAUCAGAAGCGGGGAAAGGUUAUGAAUAUGUAUAGGCGUUCCUGGGGUCAUUAUGAAUAUGUAAUACCUUACUGUAUUUAAGCACACUUCUUAUUGUUUAAAGGUGUGCGUGUUGGGCGGAGUGAAUCCCCCGCGCACCCAGCGCUGCUUUGCUUAUGCUCUAAUGAACACGUGUUUAAGGAAUACAAGGAAUUGGAUUAAAUGUUUUUUAUCCAUAGAAAAAGCGUAAGUUAUUUAUUUCAAUACGAGUACAUGUAUCUCUUUAAAAUAAUCCCACACUGUGUUGAGGCAAGUGUGUACUCUUCCUGGACUCAGGGACGGCUCCGGCAUUGUUUUGGUGAAACCACGUGCAUGCACACUGUGGACCUCCUGAAUGAUUAGUUGCUGCCCCUUAAUAAUUUUCCUCAACUGAUAUCCGAACCUGUAUUUAAGUCACUUUUGGAGUGCUAAAACCCUGUUUCUCACCAGUUUAAUAAAGGUUGUUUUGGACCCUGUUGUCCCUUAAAAUAA